CCCUUUCCCAAACAUGGCGACCAGUAAUCCGGCGUUUGAAAACGAUGAGACCGUGGCCGUCGUGACGAACCCCACCAAACAACGCACCAACGAACGACAACCCCACCAACUGCCAACGACGACUCAGCCCACUUCCAGCGAGCCAUCGCUAGCAUCCACUGUCAAGGUGAACCACUUCCAAGAGCCACCGCUGGACGUGGCUGGCAACAUCGGCCGUGCCAGUGCACUGCUCGAGAUGAACCUCAUGAAGACCAUCCCCAAGGUGCAGCGUGACAAGUGGGGCAAAGAUAUCGAGUUUCUGCUGUCCUGCAUUGCACUCUCGGUCGGGCUGGGCAAUGUGUGGCGCUUUCCGUUCACGGCGCUGGAAAAUGGUGGCGGUGCGUUCGUCAUACCGUACCUGAUCGUGUUGCUGCUGGUCGGCCGACCGAUCUACUAUCUGGAGAUGCUGAUCAGCCAGUUCUCGAGCCGGGGCUGCAUCAAUGUGUACGAUGCGUCGCCGGCAAUGCGUGGCAUUGGCGUCGGUCAAACGUACUCGACGUUCAUCGUGAUGACGUACUAUGCGUCGCUGAUGGCGGUCACGAUGAGAUAUCUGAUCGCUUCGUUCGGUGAUCCGCUACCGUGGAGCGAGUGUAGCGAAAGCUGGAACGCUACCUGUAUCGAUUCACGGUUGAUCACAAACAUGGCCGAAAAUACGACGACAACGGCCGUUACGUCGGCUGAGCUGUACUUUGUCAAAGACGUCCUGAAGGAAGCGACCACAAUACACGAUGGCAUUGGUACACCCGAUUGGCGUUUGGUGCUGUGCUUACUCGUACCCUGGACGUGCAUCUGCUUGACACUGAUCAAAGGAAUCAAAAGCUCCGGCAAAGUUGCCUACUUUCUGGCCAUUUUCCCGUACGUUGUGAUGCUGGUGUUGUUGGUGCGUGCCUGCACGCUGGAAGGGGCCGGGGACGGUAUGCUGUACUUCAUCAAACCUCAGUGGGAUCGAAUACUGGAGGCGAAAGUUUGGUAUGCAGCCGUUACGCAAGUGUUCUUCUCGCUUACGAUCUGCUUCGGUAACGUGAUGAUGUACUCGUCGUACAAUCGGUUUCACAACAAUGUAUACAGGGAUGUUACGAUUGUGUCGAUCAUGGACACGCUCACAUCGAUGCUGGCUGGACUGAUAGUGUUCGGCGUGAUCGGUCAUCUGGCCCACGUGCUGGAUGCACCGGACAUUAAGCAGGUUGUACGGGGUGGUGCAGGACUUGCCUUCAUCACCUACCCGGAUGCGAUCGCCAAAUUCACCUUUUGGCCGCAAUUCUUUGCCAUCGCCUUCUUCAUGAUGCUGUUCGUGCUGGGGAUUGGCAGUAAUGUGGGCAUGGCUACCACCACAAUGACGGUAAUUCGCGACCGUUUCCCCCAUCUGCAGCCCGCCUUAGUAGCGGUUGGCAUCGCAGUGGUUGGGUUCGGGAUCGGAAUCAUCUACACUACGCCCGGUGGACAGUACGUGCUGGACUUUCUGGACUUUUACGGCGCUUCGUUUGUGGCGCUCGUGCUGGCCGUCUUUGAGAUGAUUACAUUCGCGUGGAUCUACGGCGUUGGCCGUAUCUGUCGUGAUAUUGAGUUUAUGCUCGGUAUCAAGACGGGCCUUUACUGGCGCAUCUGUUGGGGCUUUAUCACGCCAACGCUGCUGGCCGCUAUCCUGCUCUACCACAUCGCAACAUACGAAACGUUCACUUUCAACGGUUACGUGUAUCCCGAUGGGAUGUAUGCCUUCGGCUGGUGUAUCUUCGCUGCGGGAGUGCUGCAACUUCCGGCCUGGGGAGUUUACACGUUCCUGAAGCGGAAGGAACCGGCAUGGAGGGAUCGUUUGCUGCACUGUUUCAAACCGACGCACGAUUGGGGCCCGGAAGACCCCGAACUGAAUGCCAAGUAUCACGAAUCGGUGUACAAAUACGAACAAUCACUGCCAAGCGACCGGUCGAUACUGCGAAGAAUGUACGAUAAUGUGUUUAGCUAAAGCAU